AGCGCCGCCGCAGGAGGCAGGGAAACCGACUGGCGAUCUGUGGCGGCGGCUGGGCGGCGGUGGCAGUUCGCAGCGAGGGCGACGGCUCCGAGGCCGAGUGGCCGUCCGGUGGGGACCUGGGCGCCGUCCUCCGCAUGACCUCAUCGUGAUCCACCCUUGUACCUUCUCCGAAUGCCAAGAUGGUGAAGCUGGAUGUCCACACUUUGGCCCACCACCUCAAACAGGAGCGCUUGUACGUAAGCUCCGAGAAGCAGCUCAUCCAGAGGCUGAACGCGGAUGUACUGAAGACGGCUGAAAAGCUGUAUCGAACAGCGUGGAUUGCAAAGCAACAGAGGAUUAAUUUGGAUCGGCUUAUUAUAACUAGCGCUGAAGCUUCCCCGGCUGAGUGCUGCCAGCAUGCUAAGAUUCUGGAAGACACACAGUUUGUUGAUGGAUAUAAGCAACUGGGAUUUCAGGAAACAGCUUAUGGCGAAUUCUUGAGUCGGUUAAGAGAAAAUCCUCGUCUUAUUGCCUCCUCUUUGGUUGCUGGAGAGAAACUCAACCAGGAGAACACACAGAGUGUUAUCUAUACAGUUUUUACCUCCUUGUACGGCAACUGUAUUAUGCAGGAAGACGAAAGCUACCUCCUUCAGGUUUUACGGUACCUGAUUGAAUUUGAACUUAAAGAAAGCGACAACCCCAGGCGCCUUUUAAGGAGAGGAACUUGUGCCUUCAGCAUCUUGUUUAAACUUUUCUCUGAAGGACUGUUUUCUGCCAAACUUUUCCUUACAGCUACUUUACAUGAGCCAAUCAUGCAGCUCCUUGUGGAAGACGAAGACCAUCUGGAAACGGAUCCCAACAAGCUAAUUGAGAGGUUCUCCCCCGCUCAGCAGGAAAAGCUGUUUGGAGAGAAAGGCUCAGAUAGAUUCAGGCAAAAGGUUCAAGAAAUGGUGGAUUCCAAUGAGGCCAAACUGGUGGCUUUGGUGAACAAAUUUAUUGGUUAUCUCAAACAGAACACAUACUGCUUUCCACACAGUUUGAGGUGGAUUGUGUCCCAGAUGUACAAAACUCUAUCUUGUGUAGAUAGAUUGGAGGUUGGGGAGGUCAGAGCAAUGUGUACCGAUCUCCUGUUGGCUUGCUUCAUUUGUCCCGCAGUUGUCAAUCCGGAGCAGUAUGGAAUAAUAUCUGAUGCCCCUAUCAAUGAGGUGGCAAGAUUUAAUCUGAUGCAGGUUGGCCGCCUCUUGCAACAGUUAGCAAUGACUGGCACUGAAGAGGGUGAUCCUCGGACCAAAAAUAGCCUUGGAAAAUUUGACAAGGGCUGUGUUGCUGCUUUCCUUGAUGUUGUAAUUGGGGGCCGUGCAGUGGAAACUCCACCGAUGUCCUCUGUCAAUCUUCUGGAAGGCUUGAGCAGAACUGUGGUUUACAUAAGUUACAGUCAGCUUAUCACUCUGGUAAACUUUAUGAAGAGUGUGAUGUCUGGAGAUCAACUGAAAGAAGAUAGAAUGGCUCUUGACAAUUUGUUGGCAAACCUGCCCCAGGCUAAGCCAGGGAAGAGCAGCAGUCUAGAUAUGACUCCCUACAGCACUCCUCAGAUGUCUCCAGCAACCACUCCAGCCAAUAAAAAGAAUCGAUUACCUAUUGCAACUCGGAGCAGAAGCCGAAGUAAUAUGUUAAUGGACCUACAUAUGGACCAUGAAGGAUCAUCUCAAGAAACCAUCCAGGAGGUACAGCCAGAAGAGGUGCUGGUCAUUUCCUUAGGGACAGGUCCCCAGCUUACUCCAGGGAUGAUGUCAGAAAAUGAGGUUCUAAACAUGCAGCUUUCGGAUGGAGGACAAGGAGAUGUCCCUGUUGAUGAAAACAAACUCCACGGUAAACCUGAUAAAACCUUGCGCUUUUCCCUCUGCAGUGAUAAUCUGGAAGGCGUAUCUGAAGGUCCUUCCAAUCGCUCCAACUCAGUGUCUUCCCUCGACCUGGAAGGAGAGUCUGUAUCUGAGCUUGGGGCAGGCCCUUCUGGAAGUAAUGGAGUUGAAGCACUGCAGCUGUUAGAACAUGAGCAAGCUACAACGCAAGAUAAUCUUGAUGAUAAGCUGAGGAAGUUUGAGAUCCGUGACAUGAUGGGGCUAACAGAUGAUAGGGACAUAUCAGAGACAGUGAGCGAGACCUGGAGCACCGAUGUCCUGGGGAGUGACUUUGACCCCAAUGUUGAUGAAGAUCGUUUGCAGGAGAUUGCAGGUGCAGCCGCAGAGAAUGUGUUAGGCAGUUUGCUGUGCCUCCCGGGUUCAGGGUCUGUUCUCCUUGACCCUUGCACUGGCUCUACCAUAUCAGAGACCACAAGUGAAGCUUGGAGCGUAGAGGUAUUGCCAAGUGACUCGGAGGCUCCAGACUUGAAGCAGGAGGAGCGCCUCCAGGAGCUGGAGAGCUGCUCUGGACUGGGCAGUACAUCUGAUGACACCGACGUCAGGGAGGCUAGUUCCCGCCCCAGCACUCCAGGCCUCAGUGUUGUGUCCGGUAUAAGUGCUACAUCGGAGGAUAUUCCCAAUAAGAUUGAAGAUUUAAGAUCUGAGUGCAGCUCUGAUUUUGGGGGUAAAGAUUCUGUAACUAGUCCAGACAUGGACGACAUAGCCCAUGGCGCCCACCAGCUGACCUCUCCUCCCUCUCAGGCAGAGUCUCUGCUUGCCAUGUUUGACCCGCUGUCUUCACAUGAAGGGGCCUCUGCUGUAGUAAGGCCAAAGGUUCACUACGCUCGGCCCUCACAUCCACCACCAGAUCCUCCAAUUCUGGAAGGUACAGUGGGAGGAAAUGAGGCCAGGUUGCCCAACUUUGGCUCUCACAUUUUAACUGCAGCCGAAAUGGAGGCGUUCAAGCAAAGGCACUCUUACCCUGAGAGACUGGUCCGCAGCAGGAGCUCUGAUAUAGUGUCUUCUGUGCGAAGGCCUAUGAGUGACCCCAGCUGGAACCGACGCCCAGGAAAUGAAGAGCUCCCUCCAGCCGCAGCCACGGGUGCUACUUGUUUAGUGGCUGCACCUCACUCGUCAUCUUCGUCCCCGAGUAAGGAUUCUUCAAGAGGAGAGACUGAAGAGCGCAAGGACAGUGAUGAUGAGAGGUCAGACAGGAGCAGACCUUGGUGGAGGAAGCGUUUUGUUUCAGCCAUGCCUAAAGCUCCUAUACCAUUUAGAAAGAAAGAAAAACAAGAAAAAGACAAAGAUGAUCUGGGGCCUGACAGAUUCUCAACACUCACAGAUGAGCCCAGCCCUAGGCUUAGUGCACACGCUCAGGUUGCUGAAGAUAUUCUGGACAAAUAUCGGAAUGCCAUUAAGCGGACCAGCCCCAGUGAAGGAGCAAUGGCAAACGAUGAGAGUACAGAGGUCAUGGGUGAUGGUGAAAGUGCUCAUGAUUCUCCCCGGGAUGAAGCACUGCAGAACAUCUCAGCUGAUGAUCUCCCAGACUCUGCCAGCCAAGCAGCCCAGCCUCAGGAUUCUGCUUUCUCUUACAGAGAUGUGAAAAAGAAGCUGAGGCUCGCACUUUGCUCUGCGGACUCUGUGGCCUUCCCAGUGAUAACUCACUCAACAAGGAAUGGGUUGCCAGACCAUACGGACCCGGAAGACAAUGAAAUUGUAUGCUUCUUAAAAGUUCAAAUAGCUGAAGCAAUUAACUUACAAGAUAAGAACUUAAUGGCUCAACUUCAAGAAACCAUGCGUUGUGUAUGCCGCUUUGACAAUAGGACUUGCAGGAAGUUGCUGGCAUCCAUAGCUGAAGACUACAGAAAAAGAGCCCCAUACAUUGCUUAUCUUACUCGAUGCCGACAAGGACUGCAGACCACCCAGGCUCACUUGGAAAGGCUCUUGCAAAGAGUUUUGCGGGACAAAGAGGUGGCCAAUCGGUACUUUACCACUGUCUGUGUGCGGUUACUGCUUGAGAGCAAAGAGAAGAAGAUCAGGGAGUUCAUUCAAGACUUUCAGAAACUUACUGCUGCUGAUGAUAAAACUGCUCAAGUAGAGGAUUUCCUACAGUUCCUGUAUGGUGCGAUGGCUCAGGACGUCAUAUGGCAGAAUGCCAGUGAGGAGCAGCUGCAGGAUGCCCAGUUGGCCAUUGAGCGGAGUGUGAUGAAUCGGAUCUUCAAGCUUGCUUUCUACCCUAACCAGGACGGGGAUAUCCUUCGUGACCAGGUUCUGCAUGAACAUAUCCAGAGAUUAUCUAAAGUAGUGACUGCAAACCACAGAGCUCUGCAGAUACCAGAGGUCUAUCUUCGUGAGGCCCCGUGGCCAUCUGCACAGUCAGAAAUUAGGACAAUAAGUGCUUACAAAACCCCCCGGGACAAAGUGCAGUGCAUUCUGAGAAUGUGCUCCACCAUCAUGAACCUCCUGAGCCUGGCCAAUGAGGACUCGGUCCCCGGGGCAGAUGACUUCGUUCCUGUGUUGGUGUUUGUGUUGAUAAAGGCGAACCCACCCUGCCUGCUGUCCACCGUGCAGUACAUCAGCAGCUUCUACGCCAGCUGUCUGUCUGGAGAAGAGUCCUACUGGUGGAUGCAGUUCACAGCAGCAGUGGAGUUUAUCAAAACCAUCGAUGACAGAAAGUGACCAGGACCAGGCCUGCUGAGGCAGAGACUAUAGCCAGGAAACAGAUCUCUAAGAAUGUGUAGCGGCUUCCUUGAAAGUUGGAUGUUGCUUUGUCUAAUGCUGUACAGCUUCCAGUUGUUUCCACAUGGCUCUUCCUAGCAGAUUAACAAGCUAACGUGCAGGCUCUCGUUCCUUUCCGCCUUUCUGAGUUGCAUAUUUUAUUUCUUGUCCCCGAGUAGAGAGUAGAACUACAAAAGGGACCAUGUUUUUCAGGUGUUUUAAAUUUUUAAAAAAACAACAGAAUCUUUUAGGAAACGUCCAGAUCUCAGUUCAUGGAUUCCCCACUCGUCCCUUUCACUGUUAGAAAGAACAGUGUGCCUCUUCCCAGUCUCUGUGAGCGUUAGACCGUGAGGCCAGCUGCACUGAGGGCCUCCUCAUAGAUACACUCUCCUAAUGAAAUGCUAAGAAGGAAAUGUAAAUACAAUAUAUAUUUAUAUUUGAUGUAAUAUGGGCAUCUUCAGUCUCUAAUAAACAAGGACAGUUGCUGA